AGUUUACCAUCUGUUUCUCUAAUAAUUCAUCCCACAAGAAUUACAAUUGCUUUACAGUUGCUAGAUAACAAGCAGCAAAGUUUUCUUGCUUCUCUUGACUGCAGCCCUAAGGAAAGCUAGACUAAAAACAUGGCAUACGGAUAGACAAGGCUCGAGCCUUGGAAAUGAAGAGCAAAUCAUUCUCAAGGCAGCUGAACCAUCUAAAGAAACACUUAAGGGGGCCAGUAGAACUUCACUGCAGGCUUCAAAUAGUGCACCAGUUGCCCGCAGGAGUUUACUUCCAGCACCAAAGACAGGAACAGCACCAGCUGGGCCAAAAAAAGAAGGACAGAAAGAUCAGGAAAGCAGCAGGCCUACCAUCUCAUCCCCCAAGAGACUGGUAGUAGCAGCUACCAAGCUCCAUUCACCAGGACAUCCUAAACAAAAGUCUUCUGUUCCAAGAAAUGGAUUUUCUGCAAAACCAGAUUUGCAGACACGAGAGCCUGAACGGCAGUUCAUCCAACAAAUGAAGGACAGAUGUGAUGAACUAGUCAGAAAACUCAACUGUGUCCAAGAAGAACUUAAGAGAACCAGAUGUGGCUUUGAUGUCUUUGUUGUAACAACACAGUUUUUCUUUCAGAAGAAUGAAAGUGCCUUUGUAAAAGAAAAGGAGAUCUCAGCUGAGCUUGCAAAUGUCAAGGAUGAAGUUGCCCUCAAUACAGGGAAAUACGAGACCCUACAAAAAGAGAAGGAGGAGAUGGAAAAGAAGUUUGAGGGGACUGUGCAGAAACUCACUUGGCAGCAUCAGGAGGAGCUCCAGGCACUUGAAGAACGUUUGCAGUUACAGUACAGUGCUGAACUAGAACGUUUGCAUGAGAAUCACCAAGUCAAGCUUGACAGGAUCAAGAGUCAGCAUCAGGAACAGGUGGAUGACAUUGCAGCAAUUCAGGAAGUGGCAGUAUUAGAGAUGGAAAAUAGCCACGCAAUUGCCAUUGAAGAACUUCAGGAUGAAUUUGAGCACAAAAUUCACGAAAUGAAGUCUGCUCAUGAACAAGAAAAAAGAGAACUUGAAGAAAAUUUUGAAAAGUUGCGCUUGUCACUCCAGGACCAGGUAGAUACUCUCACUUUUCAAAGCCAGUCUCUAAAGGACAAGGCAAAACGAUUUGAAGAGGCAUUGAAGAAAAACACUGAAGAACAACUAGAGGUUGCCCUGGCUCCGUAUCAGCAUUUAGAAGAAGAUAUGAAGAGCCUAAAGCAGGUCCUGGAGAUGAAGAAUGUACUUAUUCAUCAACAAGAAAAGAGGAUCGUGGAGCUAGAAAAGCUGGCAGAAAAGAAUUUAAUUCUAGAAGAAAAAAUUCAAGUACUACAACAACAAAAUGAAGACCUCAAAGUCAGGAUUGAUCAGAACACUGUGGUGACAAGACAGUUAUCUGAAGAAAAUGCUAAUCUCCAAGAAUAUGUUGAGAAGGAAAGCAAGGAAAAAAAGAGGCUGAGCAGAACAAAUGAAGAGUUGCUGUGGAAACUGCAGACCUCAGAACCCAUGAGUCCUGUUAAACUAUCUCCAACUUCUCCAACACGCAUUUACCGCUCUUCAUCGGGACCCCCAACUCCAGCUAAAGUCAGCACAGUACCAAGAUGACAGACCAAUGCACCUACUUAAACAGACUUGGCCCAGAAUAUGGAAAAUUGCAGUCCAAGCAAAUUAUUAUGAACUGCAGUGAAAGAUUUGUUGCUGGUCCCACCUAUUCUCUAGUUCCUUAUGAUUAGGCAAUGUACUUUUGUCAUUUCAGCAUCAGCAACUCAGAACGAGGUCAAAAAAUAGCAAUGUAGUCUGAUGCAUGGAAACAUCUUCUGGGAUUAGAGGCAAAAGCACUGGAAAACUCUUACUGUUACUUAUCAUUCACUCUGAAUGAUUUCUUUUUCCACAAUAAUAUUUCGGGUUAAUUGCAAAUAGCUCUGCUUACAUCUAUGGCUUUGGUGAAGUAUGGAUUGUAUUAAAAUACAGGCACAAAAUGUAAACACCCAAAAGGCCUACAUACUGUAUACAGCUCUGCAUGUGUAACCGUAGCUGUUCUGAGUUGCAAUUUUUCAUGAACUAAUUUUGCAAAAAGUGCUGAUAUUUUCAAGACAGCAAUUUUGUAAAACGUGCCUAAAAAUUAUUC